CAAAAAUCCAGAAUGAACCAAAAGCAUGUCCAAAAAAUUAUCAACUCGUACCAUUGAAACAAAUGCACACCCUAAGUUUCCAUAUUUUUGGAUCGCCUCACACAUUUCAGGAAUUUACAGCAAUUCCCCGCCACCAUAAAACGCUUCCCGACUUACAUGAUUGUCUGCAAAACCCUAAACCCUGCAAACCCAAUAAGCAAAAAUGCGUUUCUUCUUCACUUCAUCAACCGGUUUCCUUAAAUUCAAACGGACGACAUUCAAGGCGAAUCCCCUGAUGCUCUUCACCCUCAUUUUCACAAGACCCAUGUCUCAGUCCACCUCCAUACCCAAGAAACAACAAAGGGUCCGGGAUCAUGGCUAUGACGACUACAUGGAAAUUGAGAAGAAGGUACGCAAAGUCCUAAAAUUUCAGGACCUCAUUCUGUCUCAACCCAAUCAAACCCUCCCCAUUUCUCGCUUCGACGUCCUCGCUCGCCGCCUCGGGUUCAAGCAGUACGAAGCCGGUGCAUUCGUGCUCAAAUUCCCGCAUGUCUUCGAGAUUUACGAGCAUCCGGUUCAGCGGAUUCUUUAUUGCCGCCUCCAUCGUAAAGCCCUCCUGCAAAUCGAGCAAGAAAAUCAUGCUUUCAAUGCCCAAAUCCCCGACGCCAUUACUCGUCUCCGCAAGCUUAUAAUGUUAUCCAACAAUGGACGAUUACGGCUUGAGCAUGUUAGAAUUGCCCGCAAAGAGUUCGGGCUUCCCGACGACUUUGAAUACUCGGUAGUUCUAAAAAAUCCGCAGUUUUUUCGAUUGUUUGAUGCUAAAGAAACUAGGAAUAAAUACAUUGAGAUUGUGGAGAGAGACCCGGAUUUGGCGGUAUGUGCGAUCGAGAAGGAGAGGGAGAGAGAGUAUAGGGAGAAAGGGGUUGAUGCGGAAAAUAUAAGGUUUUCGUUUAUUGUGAAUUUCCCACCUGGGUUUAAGAUUGGAAAGUAUUAUAAAAUUGCAGUGUGGAAGUGGCAGCGGCUUCCAUAUUGGUCACCAUAUGAAGAUGUGUCGGGGUAUGACUUGAGGUCACUUGAGGCCCAGAAGCGCAUGGAGAAGAGGGCAGUUGCAAUGAUUCAUGAGUUGCUGUCAUUGACAGUGGAGAAGAAGGUUACCUUGGAAAGGAUUGCACAUUUUCGGUUGGCAAUGAAUUUGCCCAAAAAGCUCAAGGAGUUUCUUCUUCAGCAUCAGGGAAUAUUUUAUAUUUCGACUAGAGGGAAUCAUGGAAAGCUUCACACUGUUUUUCUUAGGGAGGCUUAUAAAAAAGGAAACUUAAUUGAGCCGAAUGAUUUGUACUUGGCAAGGAGAAAGUUGGCGGAGUUGGUGUUGGUGAGCCCUAGGAAGGCCAAGGUGGACAGGGAGUUGGUUAAUUAUGCGGGGAGCAGACAAGAUGAUGAGAUGGAGAGUGUCCGAAGAGAUUUUGUUAAUAGUUUUGACGGCCGGGGCAAAAAUUAUUUGAGACAUGACAGUGAGGAGGAUUUGGAUUGUGAUCUUAAGGCUGAGUAUUCAGAUGAAGAUAGUGAUAUUGGAGAAGCUAGGGACACAGAGGAUGCCCAUGUAACAGAGUGAUUGAGUUCAUUGUGGAUCUUGGCAGUUCUAGUCAUAGGCUAUCCAUUUUUAUUUGAACUGUCAUGAUUUGUUCAGCCACUAAAGCUUCCAAAAGAUAUUGUGAGAAAAAACCAUGCACGAAGUGCAUCAUUUAACUGUCUAAGUGUCUAAUGUUUUUGUGAAAGAUGUUAGCUAAUGGGACUGUAAUGAGAGAAGGAUUGGCACCGUUAUAGAGUAUGUCUGAAUAGGUUUCCCAGUCUUGGGUAAAGAAUUUGCUCAAAUGGUAUUUGGGUCCUCAAGGACGACUCUUGUACAGGAGGGAAAUGUUUGUUACCUCAGAUGGCUUUCAUUUGGACUUGGCAAAAAUGCAUCAAUUUUUGCUGAAUUGAACUCUUAAGUGUGAGUAAAGCAAUUUAGACUAUCUAGUCACUGCCAUGUCUUCUUACUCAUAUCAGUCUUGAAAAUAUCUGGAAGAGAAGUUUUUAACAGUUCAAUGAGGUUGAAGUUUGAUCAUCCAGUUCCAAUGUCAUGGAAAAGUCUUGCUUCUGGAGAUGUCCACAUGUCCAGAUGAACGGACAAAGGUAUGAGGCUAACUGCUUCUAGCAGAACACCAUUCACAUCCACCAUGGUUGAAGCUCUUCAUUCGUGAGUGAAGCCAUUGGAGUAGGUGUCACUUCUAGACUGAGGAUUUCAUCUGCAGCCUUGAAGCAACUUGGCUACAUCUCUGCAACUCAUAGUAAGACUUGCUUUCUGGCUAACUAUGGUACUGCUGUAAACGGCUCUCUGUGGGCUGCUACUUGAAGCCAUUAGACAAUGCAACUUCAUUUGACCGGGUUAUCUCUGUCCUGAAAGAUGGAUAAAUAAACAGAAGUCAAUUCACAUUUAGCAGAUGGUCUGAAUUGGUCAGUUUCAAUUUAGAAUGAAAUAUUAUGAUCUUUGAUGAGUACCCAGCAUUGCUCUUGUUAAGAAGCCAAUUUUGAAAUAUUUUGUUAGAUGCAACUAUUCAUUUAAUAUGAUUUUUUAAUAGGAAAAAUUACUGAGUUCGUAUGUGUUUUUGUGUAUUACCCUUGACUUGUGCAUGAUGUUGAAUAAAUUAUGCUCAUUUACAACC